CGAGUCGGCGGCGCGCUUUCGAAAGGGCGAAUGGAGCCGCGAGGGCCCUUUGGGUGUUGCCGCCCGGAUCCACUUGGAACGACGACGGAGGCCUUUUUGUUCCAGACGGAAAACCAAAGAGUCCAUUCCUCCAUUGGAACAGUGAGCUGGUGUGGGACACAGCUGAAUUUGUUUACGGCUCGUAGAUGGACAAUAAUCAAUGUAUUGCAAGUUGUUUGAGUGCAUGCAUAAGUGAAAAUACGUUUGACAUUCUUCUCCUGUUAUUCUGGUGAGAUUUUGACUUCGAUCACGCCAUGGCUCUCCUCGCUCAACAUUCCACAGAUUUGGCUAGUCAGUCCUAUUUGAAUCCUUGGAACAAAGGCACUCCCAGUUACUCGGAUAUGGGCCAUGGUUCAGACAAAAUGCAAACCAACAACAACGACUGCUUAUUUGGAGACAAGAAUGAGGAGUACACCUCAGCCGGUUCCGCCAAAGAGUCCUCGUCAUCAGAUAAAUCGAUGAAGCAAAAUGUCAAGUACGACUCAGCCACGGGCAAGGUCUACGAAGAAUUGGGAUGCACCUCCGGCAACACGGAGAUGUCCCGUGUGACCGUACCCGGGGCUAGCAGCUAUGGUUCCGGCGAUUAUCAACCCAAUUACACCCCCACCUCAUACCCAACCUACGUGCAGUCCCAAUACAUGAGCCCUUUUGGUGCCAGCUCUGCCACAGGCGGUGGGGCCAUGGUUCCAUCUUAUGGUGGCAUCCCAUCGCAGUUCAGCCCGUAUGAUAGUCGAUCCAUGUACACGGGAACUUACGACACUGGACCCAGAGCAUUCGUACCUCAUUCAGCAAUAAACCUCUCUGUCAAGAGUCCUGGACCCGGGAGUUCGCCGUCAGUGGCCCCGACCAGUCUAGAUUUAUCAGUCUCCACGGACACUAGCUCACAAUACCUUUUGAGUGGGGCGUCGAAUGGAUAUGCCACUGGAUCGACUUCAUUAGCCACUGGCGACUCCUCGAUGCCUCGGAAUGGAAAUGAAGGGGGUGGAAAUGCCACCCCUAGCCCACAAAUUCUGGACCUGACCCGACCGGGUGGCUCGCUCGCUCCUUUGGGGAACUCUCUCACGGCCUGUGAGAACUCUGUCAAUAAUUCCCAGUCCAACUUAAGUGGCUCAAGCAAGAAAACUAAAUUGGAGCAAACUGAACCGGUGGAUUUCUCGAGCAAUCAAGGGCUAGGUUUUGACUCCACAACAGAGAGCGUUGACGAAAGCCUAGCACGUUAUAGAACAAAUGGUUAUGCAUCUCUGCCUUACAAUAUGGGUGGCUACGCCUCAAGUGGUUACCAUGCUUACAACCAAAAUCCCUACAAUUGCCUAACUUACCCAUCCAGCGCUUUUGCGUCGUCAGUGUCAUCCUACAGCCAAGAUCCAUUGGGUCACUAUGGAUUGGGAUCCUCAUUGUCGGCUUCAGCUGCCAACGGGAUAUCGUCCGUGGGUGACGGACUAUCCCUGAAAAGCGAUCUCCGGUCAGAGUCAAGCUGCAAUCGUUUGGAUUCAUUGGCACCAGCAAAGUCCCCUUCCGCCAAAGACAAAGACGACAGUCCCUCCCCGAGCACUUUCUCAAUGGCACACUUGACUGGAUCAUUCAUUGUACCCCGAAGCCAAGAGCUCAAGUGUCCCACACCUGGUUGUGAUGGUAGUGGACACGCCACGGGGAACUACUCCUCCCACCGCAGCCUAUCAGGGUGUCCUAGAGCCAACAAGCCCAAGAGUCGUCCGAAAGACGGGACCGAAGCAGAGCCUUUAAGGUGUCCGAUUCCAGGAUGCGAUGGUUCAGGCCAUUCGACUGGCAAAUUCCUUUCACAUCGGAGCGCAUCCGGUUGUCCUUUGGCCAAUAAGGUGAAGGGUGGCAAAGGCUACGAGAUCUCAGCCACGGCCGUGACGGCCAUGAGCUACAACAAUUCAGUGAACUCUGUGGCCAGCCUGCCGUCUAACUUCUCGGCCCGUUUAUCGAGCUCCUUUGGUUACGGAAACGGACACUCAGAAUUGCUGCCGUUAGACAGCGUCGAGAAGAAAGGCACCAAAUUGUCGUCGGACAUCACUGACAUGGAGACUGAUCCGCUUGAGAAGGAAACCCCUAACUAUUCCAGCAAGAGUGCCAACAAGCACCUUAAUAACUACUUCGAGAAUCUACGAACAAAUGUGAUUUCAUCUAUCAUUGGCCAAGUGAGGAUGCCCAAUGAAUCUGAUCUAGUUCAUUCCGGAGGCCAAGGCCAUUUGGACAACUACUUGUCUAAAUUGCAAACCAUUUGCGGUGACGCCCACCAAGGACAGGAUCCCGAAUCCAACCAUCAGAUGUCCAAGUGUAUGAACACCAACGCUAGCCAUCCCUCUGUCUACAAUUCAGUGGUGAAGGGUGCUCUUCAUGGAUUUAACCCACUCUCAUCGAGGAUUUAGACUAGGUGCGCCAUAUUGCAAAGAAAAUCGUUAGUCAACCUCAACAACCAACCAACCAACCAACCAACCAACUCUUUACGUUUUCUAGUCCCCCUAAACGCCUUUUUGUCAGAACUCUCAUUCAAAACCUACCACAGCAUUCGUCAUUAACAAAACAUGUUCAGGGUAGGCUCCGAAACAUCCGGACCGAAUCAUUCAAAAUACGGUCAAAUUUUGUUCUCUUUUUGCUCCCACAAUCUAUCCUAAUUUAUAACCGACUUGCUCUUUGCUCAUGUGAUGAACCUCUGACUUCUCGUCAAUCUCCUUCACUUUUAUUAUCAUUCUCAUCAUCAUCAUUAUUAUUAUUAUUAUUGUUGUUCGCAGUCUCAUUGAUUCGUUAUGCCGAUUCUAGUCUAAUACUAAAAUGUCAAUCAAUACGUCGCACCCUGUUCGUUGACCAUUUACUAAUUGUAACCAUCCAACACCAUUGCAGUUCCAGUCAAAAAAAGAAAAUAAAACUUGCACACUUUCA